AAGAAAGUUCACUCUUUCUGCGCGUCCGACGAGAAGCAAACUUGAAUCAGCAAGCACGUGUCAUAUCGUGUAUUUUUGUUUACUUAUUUUCUUCUGCCAUUUUAUAUUGCACUUCUUCCUCAGUCCAAAUGGGGACUCCUUCGUUCGCCGAACUUGUGCAAUCCGCUGGUCUCUCCCCAUACACAGCCCGAUUGCGCGAGAAUGGGUUUGAUGACGUAACCACUUUGUGCGAUAUGACCGAGGACGACAUGGUUGAGAUUGGUCUCACAUCCUACCAUCGGACGUUCUUAGAUGCGCUAUUCACACAAGUACGUUCCAAAAUAGCCAUAACUGCGGGGUCAGUGGUAUACCCGACCAUUGAUUGCGGGCAGGCCGGCACAUUGCCCUUACCGAGCAACGUUGACGCCACUGUGGUUGAUUCAGACUCAGAAACAACAACAUCACGACAUAUUGCUGGCGAGUCCGAGGCGGUUCUCCCUUCCCAGCUAGUCUUCAUGCCACUUGGCACGGAAAUGCUGACAGCCGCAUCGACAUGGACAAAUAUCACGUCCGACACCAGUGUCAUCCAAAAUCUUCUCGCUUUGUACUUCUGUUGGGAAUAUCCCAUAUUUGCGAGCCUUAGCAGAGAGCAUUCAUCAAAGACUUCUGUAAAGGCCAAGCUCGCUACUGCUCUUCGAUUUUGGUUAAUGCUCUGCUCGCAUUGGGCUACUCCUAUUCUAGCCAGCACAUCGGCACAAAGGACACUCAAGGCACUUACCCAUCGGGGGAUGAGUUCUUCGCAGAGUCGCAGAGGCUACUUGAUGCCGAAGAAAAUCACCACACUUUAACUACCAUCCAAGCUCUAAGUAUAAUGUCGCUUCGCCAGUUGAGCUGCGGAAGGACUCUGAAAGUCACAUUAUUCCGCACAGAGCAUAAGAUUAGCUAUCGAAAUGGGCCUGCAGCGUCCUGACAGAACGGCAGACAACGACGAGUUCAGUGUCAAAAACGCUACGUUUUGGGGUGCUUUCGCAUUACAUCAGUGAGCUAUGUAUAUAUAAUAUAUAUACAGCAUUAUCGUGCUUGUCACCAGCUAAUGCCUCUAGUGCAUGGGCUCUUACAUCGCACUCUCUGCCCUGUUGCUCGUCAACGUUUACAGCUCGUUUGCCACCGAAGCCGGCGACUUUUCUUGACGCCGAGGAUGC